AUCUCCAAGCCACCAAGCUUCCUCCUCCAAACUCUUCCUCUUCUUCCUCCCCCUAACUCCAAUAUCCAUAGCCUAUACCCUCAUUUUGCCUUCUCCUUCUUCUCCGCCAUGGUCGCCAUGGAAGCUUUUCGUCGUUUCCAACCCAUCUCAAAAUGCAGCACACAUGAACGACAAAACCAAACUGUUGUUUCCGACUUAGACGGCACGCUUCUCGUGUCGCCAAGCGCUUUCCCUUACUACAUGCUCGUCGCCCUCGAAGCCGGAAGCUUCCUCCGGGGACUCCUCCUCCUCGCUUCCGUCCCCUUUGUGUAUUUCACUUACUUGUUCAUCUCUGAAACCGUGGCAAUCAAAACUCUCAUCUUCAUCACCUUCGCCGGACUAAAGACCAGAGACGUGGAGCUGGUGUCCAGGUCGGUGUUGCCCAAGUUCUACGCUGAAGACGUCCACCCGGAGACGUGGCGGGUGUUCAAUUCUUUCGGGAAGAGAUGCAUCUUGACGGCGAGCCCGAGGUUGAUAGUGGAGCCAUUUGCGAAGACGUUUCUUGAGGUAGAUAAGAUUCUUGGGACAGAGCUGAAAGUCACGAAAUCUGGGAAGAAAUUGACAGGGCUUGUCAAGGAACCAGGAGUGCUGGUUGGUGAGCACAAAAGAGAAGCUGUUUUGAAAGAAUUUGGAUCCAAAUUGCCAGAUUUGGGACUGGGAGACAGUGAAUCUGAUUUUGACUUCAUGUCAAUUUGCAAGGAAGGAUAUGUAGUGCCAAGAACGAAGUGUGAGCCACUACCAAGGAACAAGCUUUUAACUCCAAUUAUCUUCCAUGACGGCCGGUUUGCUCAGAGGCCAACCCCUCUAAUAGCACUCUUGACCUUCCUCUGGCUACCCAUUGGCAUCGUACUCUCAAUCCUCAGGGUAUACCUCAACGUCCCACUACCUGAAAGACUCGCUUGGUACAACUACAAGCUUCUCGGCAUCAGAGUCCUUGUUAAGGGCACUCCACCCCCUCCUCCAAAGAAAGGCCAGACCGGAGUCCUUUUCGUCUCCAACCACCGUACCGUCAUCGACCCGGUGGUUACGGCGGUUGCUCUCAAGAGAAAAAUCAGCUGCGUUACCUACAGCAUAAGCAGGUUCACUGAAAUUGUGUCCCCAAUCAAAACUGUUCCUUUGUCCAGAGAAAGAGAGAGAGACGCUGAAAACAUCAAAAGACUGCUUCAAGACGGGGACCUAAUGAUCUGCCCUGAGGGAACCACAUGCAGAGAACCGUUUCUGUUGAGGUUCAGUGCUCUUUUUGCUGAAUUAACUGAUAGGAUCGUUCCUGUAGCUAUUAACACGAAGCAGACUGUGUUUAAUGGGACCACAGUUCGAGGGCACAAGUUAUUGGACCCUUACUUUGUGUUCAUGAACCCUAUGCCUACUUAUGAGAUCACUUUUCUGAACCAGCUUCCCGUUGAGCUCACAUGUAAAGGAGGGAAGUCGAGUUUUGAAGUUGCGAAUUAUAUUCAGAGGAUUCUUGCUGGGACGCUGGGGUUUGAGUGUACGAGUUUGACGAGGAAAGAUAAGUAUGCUAUACUUGCUGGAACAGAUGGUAGGGUUCCUUCGAAGAAGGAGAAAGAGGAGAAUAAGAAGGCUUAAUUAAUUAACUGAAUGUUCGGGAGGUUAAUUGGACAGGACAGAAGUACGCGCGCAGCAGCUAGACUGGUGAUCGCUUUGGACAAUGAAUUUAUUGCCAAUUUGUUUCUGAAUAUUUAGGACUAAAUAUAUAUACAUAUGGCAAUAAACAUAUUGAUUGUGACAGCAAAAUUACAAUCCGUUUGAAUGUAUAUGCACAUAUAUACGUUUUUGCUUUCAUAUAGUACAGAGUACAAGCUCUUUUAAAUGUUUUCUUGAAAUCUUGUACGUAAUAGUGGCUCAGGUUUUUCAUGUGUUUUUUUUUUUUUCAGAACUUAGAAACGAUGAAAGUAAUGACCAUGCAUGUAAACAUUUAACUGGUAUAUGGAGUUUAAGGACAUGAAAGAAUAGAUUAUUAUGAAUAAAUUUGUCCAAGUAA